AUGGAACAGAAAAAUCAGUCAGAAGUCUCUGAGUUCAUCCUUCUGGGCCUUUCAGGCCAACCAGAGCAGGAGAGGCUUCUGUUCUUCUUCUUUAUGCUUAUGUAUCUGAUCACAGUGCUGGGGAACCUGCUUAUCAUUCUAGCCAUUAGAAUCGACUCUCGCCUUCAUACUCCCAUGUACUUCUUCCUCAGCAACUUGUCCCUGGUUGAUAUCUGCUUCACAUCCACCACCAUCCCCAAGAUGUUAGUUAAUCACAUUUCUGGGAACAAAGUAAUUCCUUACGGCAGGUGCCUAACACAAACAUUCUUCUUCAGUUGGCUUAUAGGGACUGACAGUGUCCUCCUUGCCUCCAUGGCCUAUGACCGAUACGUGGCUAUCUGUGCCCCACUACACUAUACCAUGAUCAUAACUCCACAGGUCUGUGCCCUUCUAGUAGCUGUGUCCUGGAUUUGGACCUGUAUUAAUUCCCUUAUACACACUACAUCCCUGAACCGCCUUUUGUUCUGUGGCCACAAUGAAAUCCAUCACUUCUUCUGUGAUCUCAGUGCCCUGAUAAAACUGGCUUGUUCAGACACCUUCAUCAAUGACUUACUGAUCUUCACAGUGGGUGGACUGACAGCUGUUGUGCCCUUCAUUGGCAUCCUGAUAUCCUACGUUCACAUUUUUGUGGCCGUGCUGAGGAUCCCAUCUGCUAGCGGAAAGCGGAAAGCCUUCUCCACCUGUGGCUCCCACCUCACUGUAGUCUGUCUUUUCUAUGGAACAAUAAUUGGAGUGUACUUCAGUCCCACAUCCACCCACACAGCCCAAAAGGACACAGCAGUAGCUGUGAUGUACACGGUGGUCACUCCAAUGCUGAACCCUUUCAUCUACAGCUUAAGGAAUAAGGAUAUGAAAGGAGCCCUGAGGAUGCUCCUCACCAGGAAGCCAGGACUCUCUUUGUGGCUAUGA